UGGAGGAUCGCCUCUCAUUGACUGAACCGACAGGUGCUGGUGGCAUCGUAGUAGCCUUCGUCUCGUCUCUCUGAAGAAGUGUGACGGUUUGGCGCUCCGGUCGAGGUUGUGCGGUAGUGGCUUUUUUUUGGAUCGAGUUGUUGAUGUUUUGAGUGGCUGAAGAUGUGCGACCGCUUCCCGAGGUUAAGGACUGACUUGUUUUGUUCUCUCUGCAUUGUCUUGCUGCAUUUGAGCAUAGUUGCAGCGCAAGAUUACGAAGUCACGGAGAUUCAGUGCACGUUCGCCAUCAGCAGCAACGCGGGGACAAGGGAUUCGAUUGUGGCGAAGCUGAGGAAACCCGACGGUUUUAAAGGACAUCCCCUGUUCGCGGACGACAGGGGUGUUGAUCCUGAAAGCGACCUAUCCUGCCAGAUACGGCCUGACACUUCUGAUCCGUCUGGAUUGAAGUACAAUCUGAGAAUCUCGGAUUUCUCCAGAUGUGGGGUGUUAAAACGAAACGGUUUUGUCCACGUUCGGGUCUGGUUCCCACAGUUUCCUGGUGUCGUAAUGCAGUCUGACCAAGAGCUUAUAAUAAUGUGCAAGCCUCCCGAGCCUACUGUCAUCGAAAACAAGGCGGCUGGUUUUGCCGGAAGUUUUCCUCACGGUGCCAGAGUAUCGGGUGUGGUGGAGGAGACCCCUGGCCGCUUGGAGUACGAGGUGGCCCUCUACAAAGAGGCACCAGCUACGCGCAUCAGCAAUGCUAGCGGCAGCGAGCUGCCAGUGGACCAAGCCGUCCCAAUAGGCACGAAGCUGCAGCUGCGGGCGAGGAUUAGCCCCGACUCCGCUUGGAAGUUCGUUAAGCUUAUGGAGGUCACCGUGAGUCCCGAUCCUGAUGAUCCCCACAUGGCUGGAAGUGUCGCGCUGGUCAAGGAUGGGUGUCGAAACCGAGACUUUGCGUCAAUAAUCCCCCACCAACCCGCGCGCUACAGGGAGAGACACAAUGAAGUCUUCCUCGACUUCGAGGCCUUCCUCCUCAGCACCAUGAAAGAGCGGUCCACCCUGUGGAUACACUCCCAGAUCAAGGCCUGCAUGGACAUAAUCGACUGUCAGCCGGACUUCUGCCUGGAUCUUUUCGAACCCUCUGGACACGGCAGAAGGAAGCGUGACGCUGAAGUUAUAGAAAUUGUCGAAGCGUCGGAUAUAGAUUCUUUGCACCAUUACAACAGUUCAACCCAGUUUACUAGGAUUAAAGGCAACUUGGAGUAUACAGUCCUGAUGCCGGGAGAGUUCUAUCACAGGACCGCCACAAUGGAGAAUAGCUGCAGUACAUUUUUGGUCAUAGCCGCCAUUUUGGGCUGUUUGCUGUUCUUGUCUGCUUUCAUUAUGUGUUGGCUGGCAACGAGGCUGCACACCGCUUUGUUGGGAGCAGCUAGUAAUAACAAAAAUAUCGAUGAGUUGGUUAGGGAAAGUAGUAGAUAUUCUGAAUCUGGAUAUACUGGAAGAGCAACAACGCAGUAAUUGAAAUUGCAAUUAUGGCCAAAGCGUGAUUAUAGUUCAAAAAUUUAUUGCAACAUCUGUAAAUAUUUUCCUGCUCGCAGAUUUAAUACCAAACGAAAUUAAGGAAAUGACACAUAGCAAUGACUUAAGUCAGUUUAUUCCAUCAUCAUAUCUUCAAAUUAUGUGAAGAUAUUUUUAAUCCACCAAAAGCGAGAGGAAAUUUUGAAUGACUUAGAAUUUUACAUAAUUUUAAGGAAAAACGGUGAAUGGUGCAAAAACAUAUCGAAAUUCUCAAAUUUCUUCAAUUCACUUACUAGAAAAAAAUAUAAGUUCAUAAUUUUUAUUAACUAUCUGUAAAUACGUUAAUUGCAUUAUCCAUAUUUAAAAUGGAAUACUUUUAUAAUUUAUAACU